ACAAAGGGGUAAGUCAGCUGAUGUUCCCUGUGCCGCAGCUCACUGACAGCUCGGAGUGUGCGUUCGGCUCAGGACUUCGGAACUAGGAAAUCCUGCCAAAGAAGAUGAAGAAAAGCAGAGAAAGAUUCUGCAACACAGAGAGGGAAUUUGUAUAUAAAUUCAAAGUAGGAAGUCAGUGCUUAGAACUGAGGGUGCCUCUCAAAUUUCCUGUUCAAGAGAAUGCCAGUCAUUUACAUGGGCGUCUGAUGCUGCUGCACAGUUUACCAUGCUUUAUAGAAAAAGACUUAAAAGAAGCUCUAAGCCAGUUUAUAGAAGAAGAAUCCCUCAGGGAUUAUGACAGCGACGCCGAAGCAUCCCUGGAAGCUGUGAAAUCCGGUGAAGUAGAUUUACAUCAGCUAGCCAGUUCAUGGGCCAAAGCUUAUGCUGAGACCACGUUAGAGCAUGCAAGGCCUGAAGAGCCCAGCUGGGAUGAAGAUUUUGCAGAUGUGUACCAUGACCUAAUCCAUUCUCCAGCCUCUGAAACUCUCCUAAAUUUGGAACAUAAUUACUUUGUUAGUAUCUCAGAACUGAUUGGUGAAAGAGAUGUGGAGCUGAAAAAAUUACGAGAGAGACAAGGCAUUGAAAUGGAAAAAGUUAUGCAGGAAUUGGGAAAAUCACUGACAGAUCAAGAUGUAAAUUCACUGGCUGCUCAGCAUUUUGAAUCCCAGCAAGACUUAGAAAAUAAAUGGUCAAAUGAAUUAAAACAAUCAACUGCCAUCCAAAAGCAAGAAUAUCAGGAAUGGGUGAUAAAACUUCAUCAAGACCUAAAAAACCCUAACAACAGCUCCCUCAGUGAGGAAAUUAAAGUUCAACCAAGUCAGUUCAGAGAAUCUGUAGAAGCAAAUGGAAGGAUUUAUGAGGAACAGAGAAAAUUGGAAGAAAGUUUUACCAUUCACUUAGGAGCCCAGCUGAAGACCAUGCAUAAUUUGAGAUUGCUGAGAGCAGAUAUGCUGGACUUCUGUAAGCACAAAAGAAAUCAUCGAAGUGGCGUGAAACUCCAUCGACUCCAGACUGCCCUGUCACUUUAUUCCACAUCUCUGUGUGGCCUGGUUUUACUAGUAGAUAAUCGAAUCAAUUCAUAUAGUGGUAUUAAGAGAGAUUUUGCCACAGUUUGCCAAGAAUGCACUGACUUCCAUUUUCCCCGAAUUGAAGAGCAGCUGGAAGUUGUCCAGCAGGUGGUACUUUAUGCUAGAACCCAACGAAGGAGUAAGUUGAAAGAAUCACAUGAUUCUGGAAACCGAAAUGGAGGAAGUGACGAUAAGGCUAAAAACGCUGACAGAAACUAUUUAAAUAUUUUACCUGGAGAAUUUUACAUUACACGGCAUUCUAAUCUCUCAGAAAUACAUGUUGCUUUCCACCUUUGUGUGGAUGACAAUGUGAAGUCGGGAAACAUUACUGCUCGAGAUCCUGCCAUUAUGGGACUUCGAAAUAUCCUCAAGGUUUGCUGUACCCAUGACAUCACAACAAUAAGCAUACCUCUCUUGCUGGUGCAUGAUAUGUCAGAGGAAAUGACUAUACCAUGGUGCUUAAGGAGAGCAGAACUUGUGUUUAAGUGUGUCAAAGGUUUCAUGAUGGAAAUGGCUUCCUGGGAUGGAGGAAUUUCCAGGACAGUGCAGUUUCUGGUACCACAGAGUAUUUCUGAAGAGAUGUUUUAUCAACUUAGUAACAUGCUCCCCCAGAUCUUCCGAGUAUCAUCAACACUUACUCUGACAUCCAAGCACUAAACCCUUAGAGACUGACACAUUGGCAGAAGAAGCCUCUUAAACUUUCCAGGAACUUGAGCUGUGCUGGGAUUCUGUCAAGCAAAAGAUGCCCAGAAAGAGAACUUAUAAUCCAAGUCACGAAUCAAAUCAUGAUGUAUGUCUGUGAAACCUUCCACAAAUUCAUAUACUGCAUAGCCUAGUGAUCAGCCUUUUGGUCAUACAUUUAUUCUUAACAUUUCUUUAUGAAACAAUCUUUUUUUUCUACUGUUAGGCCCUGUCUGCAAAUAUUAGUACCUGGACACUUGAUAUGGGAGAUUGUUCAUUGCAUUUUCUUGGAGACAUCUGAGUUUUCCAAAAGAUUUGAAUCAUAUCAAGUGCAAGACUUCAUUAACCAUAAGAAUAAAAUCUUUCCUUUACCUUAAUUUGCCAAGCAAAAAUUAAAGGCAGUGCGAUAUACAUUGCAAGUAUGGAUUUUUUUGUGAAAAUCUUU